CGGCCCGGCCCGGCCCGGCCCGGCCCCGCCGCCACAAACAGCGCCAGCACCGGCACCGGCACCGAGCCCGGGCCGCGGCAGCGCCCGCAGCAUGUCCCGCGUGCCCGUGGGGAAGGUGCUGCUGCGCAACGUCAUCCGCCACACCGGAGCGCACAACAAGCUUCAGGAAGAGACAGAAAUGUGGAAAAUAAGGGAGUGGGAGAAGCAGACAGAAGAGACUUACUGGAAAAGGCAGAGCAGAAUGCUGUCAGACACCUCCAGCAGCCGCAUGCGCAGCGAUGGCUUCGACGAGGAGGGGCACAGGGCAGACUGGAAACCCAGGAACCCACAGCUCCUUGACCUGGUGGAAGAUGAUCUCCUCAGGGCCAGAUCCUGGAAUAAAAAGCUGUAUGAAUGUGAAGCCAACAUGCCAGACAGAUGGGGGCACAGUGGAUACAAAGAGUUGUACCCUGAAGAAUUUGACACAGACAGUGAUCAGCAGGAAGGAGAUGAGCAAAAUGCUGUCAAUGGGAAGAAGAGAUCCCACCUGGGGAAACAAACAGCCCGUGAGUCCCACAAAAGGAAAAAAACCAAGAAAUCCCACAAGAAGAAGCAAAAAAAACGCUCACACAAAAAGAGGAAGAAAAAGAAAAAGGAGCAGGAGAGAAGUUCCACAGAUUCCUCCCGGGGGGAGAGCGAGGGCUCAGCAGAGGAGACUCCGAGUGCCCGGAAAGGAAAACACAAGCGCAAGAAAAAGCCCAGGAAAGUGCCUGCCAAGGAACCUACCUCUUCUUCUGGGCAGGAGAGUGACUUUUGCCAUGCAAGCAGCUCCAGCACCAGCAGCUCUGAGGACACUGAAUCCGAGGGGAAGAAGGAGAAGCGGCCCCCACGGAAGAGGAAGAAGCGGCACAGCUCCGUGCCCGAGAGGCCGAGCGAGGUGCCCGAGAAGAGGAGCAAGAGGAAGAACUGGAAGGUGGCGGGGGAUGAGAAAUCUGAGGACAGCUCUGAUGAGGACUGAGGGGUCUGGGUGCAGCUCAGAGCAGGAGGGGAGGGCAGAGGCAGCUCUGUGUCGCUCAGCACUGCUCCAACACUGGUUUACACACACGCUGCCAGCCCACAGGGAGCAGCCUCGGGCUCGCCAGGCAGCACUGCAGGACAGCACCUACCUGGCCCACAGGUGGGCUCAUCCUGCCAGCUUGGCUGUGAUCAGGUUGUUUUGUUUCUUAAAUUAUGUUUGAACAGAUUGCUCUUUGGCUCACCAAAACAAUGGCCAGCAGGAGAGAGGACAGGCUGGUAAAUCAAGUUGGUAACAGGAAAUGUCACUGUAACCCCCAUGGUAGUUUUGUCUUCCCAUCCUCCACCAAAAGCAGAGCUGUGGGGGCAUGCACAGGGUCAGCUGGACACGGAGGGGAGCUGAGGGAAUAUUCCCAUUCCAGCUGGAGGGCAGUGACUUCUUCUCUAAUGGUGAAAAAAGCCAGCAGUUUGUUUGGUUUAGACUCCUGUCCAGAGCCUGCCAUGGGCUGGCCACUGUGUCCACCUCCCUUCCUCCUCUGUGGGGAUGCUGAAAGCAUUUGUGCUGACACAGAGGCCUUGGUGGGUGUUGUGUCCUGUCUCUGCUCUGCCCAGUGUGUUACUGGAGAAACUGGUACCAGGCCGUUCUCCCUGCAGCGAACAGCCAAGCCUUUUAAUAAAAUAAAUAAAU